AUGUCGGCCUGCGUGGCCCUGCUGUCCCUCCUCCUCGCUCCUGCAUUCGGACAACUAGACCUCAACCGAUUGGAUGGCGAUAAUGUCUGCCCGCCAAUGAGAAGUGGACAAGACGACCUUCCAGGUUUCGAUCUGAUCACGCAGUUCCAGCUGGAUGUGAUCCCUCUGAAAGGUGUGAGGAAGGUGGACGGCUCCACGACCCUGCAGGUGGCCUACCGCCUCGACAGGGAGGCCAACUUCCAAAUUCCGACCAUGCUGAACUUUCCUCGCGGCUUCCCCGACGAGUACUCCGUCAUGGUGACCUUCCGUAUGAUCAAGAGCACAGUGAGCAAAGUGUGGAACGUCUGGCAAAUAGUGGACGAGGACGGCUACAAACAGGCUGGACUGAGGCUCAACGGGGACCUCCAGUCUCUGGAGUACUACCUGAUGGGCGCAGACGGCAACCUGCAGACCGUCACCUUUCCCGGCCUCUCUGUGCUCUUCAACACCAAGUGGCACAAGGUGAUGAUCGGCGUGGAGCGCGACCAGGUCACUCUGUACGUGGACUGCCAGCCUGUGGAUCAGAGACCCAUCAAGGGCAAAGGCCCCAUCAACACGGAGGGAGACACCCUUAUUGGCAGGCUGGAUGCCGACCCCGACGCCUCCGUAGUGUUUGAACUCCAGUGGAUGUUGAUUCACUGCGACCCGAAGAGGGCCCAGAGAGAGAGCUGCAGCGAGCUGCCUGCCACCGAGAUGUAUGCCAAUGCUGAGCCUGACAAAUCACUCCAAGGCCCCCCAGGAGUCCCCGGCCAAGAGGGCCCCCGAGGGUCCGCAGGAGAAAAUGGCAGAGACGGAAGAGACGGUCUUCCAGGUUCCACUGGCAGUCCGGGAAACCCUGGUGGCAAAGGAGAGCAGGGGGAGAUCGGUCUUCCCGGACAGAGAGGCCUGCCUGGCCUUCAAGGAUCUGGUGGUUCUUCUGGUCCGAUGGGUCCCAGAGGGCCUGUAGGGGAGAGAGGACUCCCCGGCUUUCCUGGACCUCCAGGUCCAACUGGACCAGCAAGCGAAGGACCCGCUGGACCCCCGGGGAAAGCGGGAAUCCCAGGAGAUGAAGGAAACAUCGGGCCGGAGGGUCAACCUGGACCCAGAGGGGCAACCGGCCCCUCAGGGUCUUCUGGUCCUCCUGGUCCACCAGGGCCUGCGGGACCGCCUGGUGCCAGCAUUGAGGGAAUUGGGGAAGCUUGUCCUGCUGCCUGCCCUGCUGGCCGACAGGGGAUGGCCGGGCUUCCAGGGGUAAAGGGACAUGCAGGUUUGCCUGGUGAACCCGGAAAAGACGGAGAGUCUGGAGAAAAGGGAGAAGCUGGAGAGGAAGGUGCUCAGGGGCCACCAGGACGCAUGGGAGAUGAUGGGCAAAGGGGGUCCAUUGGAUUCCCUGGAGCUCUGGGAGAAAAGGGAGACAGAGGUCCUCCUGGUUUCAAUGGUGUCCCCGGACCGACCGGCCCACCCGGAGCGCCCGGCGUGGAGGGAGUCCGUGGACGUCAAGGUUUGGAAGGGCCCCACGGCGACGAGGGAGCGUUGGGACCUCAAGGGGAGCAAGGUGCUACAGGGGAAAAGGGAGACACUGGGGCGUCUGGUAAAGAUGGCUUAGAUGGACUCCCUGGAUCGGAUGGAGCGAAGGGAGAGGCUGGCACAGCUGGAGCUCUUGGUGCCAGGGGGAUUGUGGGUAUUCCAGGGCUGCCGGGAAAGCAGGGACUCGUCGGACCCUCUGGUCCACAGGGGCAUGCUGGUGAAGAGGGGUCCGUCGGGCCGGUCGGACUUCCUGGAAAGAUGGGCGAGCCUGGAAAUGAUGGAGAAGAUGGGAAACAAGGAGACAAAGGAGCAAACGGGGAAACGGGAAAACAAGGGCCAGUGGGGGCUGCUGGUCCUCCAGGCAUCCAUGGGGAAAAAGGAGAUAAAGGUUAUACUGGUGCCAGUGGACUGAAGGGUCAUCCUGGACACAAAGGUGAUCAGGGGGCUAUGGGACCAAUGGGACCAAAAGGAAGUCUGGGGGACACGGGUAUGAUGGGAGAUUCAGGGAUCAAGGGAGACCAGGGCCCACCUGGCGUUACUGGAAUCAAAGGAGAGCGUGGUGAGAAGGGCCUCCGAGGAGCUACAGGAGAUGAGGGCCGACCGGGCCAGACGGGCCACGAGGGUUUGGCCGGUCCAAUGGGGGCUCGAGGGCUGGAUGGUGAACCGGGACUUCCUGGAACAUCAGGACCCAGAGGUCUACCUGGCCCGAAAGUGAAUGACGAGAAGCUUCGGGAAAUGUGCUCAGCCGUUGUCGAAGAACAAUUGGCAGAGUUUAUGAAAGAGUUCCUGAAGAAGCCGGCAGCCAUUGGUUCCCCCGGUACUGCCGGACCGGCGGGACUUCCUGGUCCCGUCGGACCGGCCGGAGUUGCGGGACCAGCAGGGCCUCCGGGGAUGAACGGUGUCAAAGGCCAUCCCGGCUUUUAUGGACUUCCAGGCGCGCCGGGCAAAAAAGGUGAUGCUGGGGACAAGGGAGACAAGGGAGGCAAGGGAGAGGACGGUGUAGGAAUCAAAGGAAGCCCAGGAGCACCAGGUGCACCAGGUGCACCGGGGGCUGCCGGCAUUGGCACGGAUGGCAAAAAUGGCCAACGGGGCGAGACAGGAAGCCCCGGUGUCCCGGGAGCAGCCGGUGCACGGGGACCUUCGGGGUCUCCCGGCCUCUGCGAUCCGUCGACCUGUAUAGGCAGACUUCCGCCUUUCUACAUGGUCGGCGGGAAGAAGUCGGACAGCUACAAGAACUAA